AUGGAGGAAGGCGGCCAGGCCCCGGACUGGGACAGUGAUGAAACCGUGAUAGAGGGGUCGGUGACAGACAGCGACCUGGAAGAAGAGGAGCUGCCCUGGAGAAGUUUACUCUUUGAUGAAGACACAUCUCUUGGAUCUGCGUUCAGUCUGCAUCCUGACAUAAGUGAAACAUACAAAGGUGUAUCUUCUCCCGAGAUUCAACUUGAUUUCAAAUGCAGAAAGGAUCUGCAAGACCAAAUGAGUAAAAAUAAAAUGAUGUGUGUUCUUAGUGAGGAUACAAUAUUACAGCAACCUCAAGAUGAUUCAGAACAAGAUGAAUCUCUGUUACAUGCAGGCAAGGCUAUGGGUGCAAGAUUUGGAACCAGGGGGCUGCAGACCUGGCAGCAGAGGGGGCAGGAGGCCAUAUGCACUCCCCAGGCUGCAGCUGACAUGGGGCCUGAGUCUGAAAAUCCUGAAGUUUUGUCACACCUAGAAAAGGAUCUAAAUGAAGAGAGAGACUCUCCUGAAGCUAGCCUUCUUUCAGGUACUGCUACUACAGUAUCUGAUAUGGUUGCUACAAAGGAGAAAUCACUAAUAACACCAGAGACAAUCUUAGCAGUACCAAAUACAUUUUCUGAGCCUGGAAAGGAAGUCACAUUGACCUUGAGUUCUGAAGAAACUAAGGAUGAAGAAAGUUCUCUUGAAACUUUUGUGUCUGCCUUAGAAAGGUUAAUAACAUCACCGGAAAGCACCCAAGAGGAAAGAUUGUUUGAAAUAAUGAAUGAUUUUGAUCCUAGAGAAUUGAUGAACCCAUUGAGUGAUUCUCCAAGUUCUAUAUCAAUACCUUUGAAUGCUUUGUCAGCGUAUCAUAGAGAUUUACUAGAAAAUACAAAAGAUGACGCAUUGCCAGCUGAAUUAUUAGCAGCUCUGAACACAUUGUCAGAAGACAAGACAGCACCUGUCUCUCGUAGAAAAGAGGGAGGCAGUUUUAUCGAUGCUGGAAAUGAAUGUUUACAAAUGGAGUUCAAUACAUCUCAGACUACUGAAGAUUGUACACAAGUGGCAAAGGUCUUAGAAGACCCAGAUUCAUUUAGAUCACAAACUUUGGUUCAUCAAAGUGUCACCUCAUGUAAACCAUUAAAUAAUAAAGGAAAUUCCAAUUUAGUGGAAAAUAUCUCCGACCAGGAUACUGCAUGUGUGUUAAGGAGAUCAUCCAGAUUGGAAAAACUGAAAGUAAGCCAAGGUGUAAAGCACACAGAUGACAUGUUUAGGAUGCCAGAAAAGACUGUACCAAAAAUCCUUGGCUGUGAAGAUCUAACAAAUAAUAACUCAACUAAGAAUUUCAGAAUGCAGGAUCGUGCUUUAAUGAUUGAACCUAAAAGGAAGACUGUGCAUUCAUCCAGAUUCAAGAGUGGGAAACAGAUCAAGAAAAGCAAAAAACUUACGAGAAAAAAUGAAAAAAGGAAGAUGAAUAAAAUAUCUCUUUCUAACAUUAACCGGAGAAAUGUUUUUGGGGAAAACUUACUGUAUAAGGCUGCUCUGCACGAUGAUGUUGAUCUUGUACGUCAUUAUAUAAAAAAAGGUGGAAAUGUUAAUCAGCCAAGUUAUGCUGGUUGGACAGCACUUCAUGAAGCUAGCGUAGGAGGAUUUUAUUGGACAGCAAGUGAACUACUGAAAGGUGGAGCAGAUGUAAAUGUCAAAGGACUGUAUCAGAUUACUCCCCUUCAUGAUGCUGUGGCGAACAGACAUUAUAAGGUGGCACAGUUACUUCUUUUGAAUGGAGCUGAUCCAUUAUUUAGAAGUGACAGUGGAAAGUGUGCUUUGGAUGAGGCCAAAGAUUCACGUAUGAAGCGUCUCCUUGAGAAACACAUUCCUAAACAUCAAAAAUGUCUUAUAUCAGCUCAGAGGAAUAGCACUGACCCAUUAGAUGUAGAGGAUGUACACCAGCACAAGAAACCAAAAUUCAGUUCUAAAAAUUGCAUUUGGUUUGUUCAUAAUGAAAAUUCCAACAGACAGAAGCCAGAACACAUAAAAGUCAAUAAAGAAAACAAAGAGGAUAUAUUUGUAAAUAAAGAAGAUGUAUAUGAACAUUACCACAAAGAUUCCAAAAACACAAUAUUGUAUAAAUCCAAGCGUAAACAAUCAACUGUUAACCAAAUAUACGCUAUAGGACUCAGAAAAGGCAAUUUUCGUAAAAUCAAAGAUCCCAGCACAAAAUUAGCUAAAGGUAAAGGAAGAAGAAACACAGAACAUAAAAGAACUCAAGUAGAUGAUGGAGACAGCAAUCCAAGAAAAACACUAGCUUUGACUUCUUCCAGGAGAAUAACCAGGCGAAGAAGCAGAUUGGUUACUUGUCAACAGCGUGUUCUCCAAACUCUUGAUGGCCUUUCAGAAGAGACAUGUAAACAUUCCAGCCCAACUUCAUUAAGCCUGAAAAAUAAAUUAGAUAAUGAUAUUGAGGCUUGUUCAGUUUCCAAAGAGACACAUACUCACAAUAUAGAUUUAUCGGAUAAUCAAGAAACACAGUUCUUGGAAUUAGAGUCCAUUGAUCAAACUGAAGCCAUUUCUCUCUCAGGACUUUCAUUACAUAAAGAAAUCAAGUUACCACUUGAUCAGCCACCUUAUACUCUCCAAGAACAACACGGUAGCCCUUAUAAAUCUCAUGAAAACAGUAACUCAGUUCAAAAAGAUGAGAGACUUAAUAAAUGGGAAAGUUCUUUCCCAUCAUUUAGAAAGAGAAAUUUUGAUGAUGAUGAUAGUGAUUGUGCUAUUUCUGAGAAGACUGUAACAUUUAAAAAGCUGAUAUGUUCUACAGAUUACAAAAACCACUGUAAUGAUAAAAAUAAUAUAACAAAUAGAGAAAAAACAGCUUUACAACAAUUUUCUCCUUCUGAAGACCAUUUUUCACAGGAAAAUGAAUUAAAAGCAGAGAGCCUAACCAGACUUCCACAACAGGAAGCUGUUCAUUUUUCUGAUUCAGAUAAUACAGUUAUUUCUGAGCAUGUAACAAAUUUUGAAGACUGCAUAUAUGGAAUUUCUUUUGAUCACUCAAACAGCAAUCCUAAGCAGACUCAUAUGGGAACACUUUCAACACAUGAGGUUUCUGAGUUGACUAGUCAUGUGGAUUUAUUCAAAAAGACUCUGGAUUACAGCCUCAGAACACCAACUCCUUUAAUGAAUCAAACAGAUACUCCUACUGUGGAAAAGGUAACAAGAAAACAAGUUACUAAAAGGAAUUGCAAUGAAAAAGGCCAGAAAACAAGUUCUUCAAACGUUCCUUUAUCUGCAAUUGUUUAUUCUCAAGUAAUAGAAACAACAAAAGUUGAAAAGGAGAGAGAAAAUCUUGCAGAAAGGGAGAUGAUACAUAAUAUAGAUUUUCAUUCUGCUGAUAGUAUGAAUAAAGAAUUGACAAACAUAAUACAAGUUGAUCAAAGAAAAGAGAAAGAAUCUUCUCAUAAAUCAGGAAUGAAAACAGCUGGGAUCAAUAAGAGGCAUGCCAAAGGGGAAAGUCAGCUUCAUUUGGCUGCCAGAAGAGGAAAUUUGUCUAUGGUAAAAUCUCUAAUAGCAUCUGGAGCAGAUGUGAAUCUUAAAGAUAAUGCAGGUUGGACACCACUUCAUGAAGCAUCUAAUGUAGGAUCUAAUGAUAUAAUUGUGGAAUUAUUAAAAGCUGGUGCUAAUGUUAAUUGUGAAAAUUUAGAUGGAAUUCUGCCGUUACAUGAUGCUGUUGCAAACAAUCAUUUAAAGGCAGCUGAGAUUCUACUACAAAAUGGAGCAGACCCUAAUCAAAAAACUCAAAAACAGAAGACUGCUUUGGAUGGAACAGAUGAUGAAGAAAUGAAAGAGUUGUUAAAAUCUUAUGGUGCUAUUGAGACCAAUAAUAGAGAUGAGAGUAAUGUUAUAAUCAAUGUAAAAAUUCCUGCUGUCCGGUCAAAAAGACAUAAACAGUGCUUUCGUGAUGAUGGACUAACUGUUGAACCACCUUCCUUUUCACACCAAGGAGAAAUAAGAGAAAACCUUCCUGUGCAUCAGACGCUUAGUGCCAUUCUACAAGAUAUAGAAGAAAAACAAGAAGAUUUAUUAGCAUUUGAAAUACUAAACCCUGAAGAUGCAGAACAGUACAUUGAAAAAAUGUUAAAGAUAAAAGAGGUUAUGGAUAAUGUGCUUGCCAAACAGAAAGCAGAAAGAGAUGAUCUGGCUAAAAAAUACAGGGUAUCCAUAGAGUCAUUUAAGCAUGGAGCUUUGAGAGAACAACUGGCUGACCUGGCCACAAGACAGAAGAGACUUCUAGUUGCAGCCAAAAAACAGAAAGAAAUAAGCCUGAAAAUUCAAAACUAUAAGAAUGUUACAUUGCUAUCUGGUCUCGAUUUAAGGAAGCUGCCACCCAGCUCAGAAACCUCCAGUGAAAAAGAAAGCCAAGAGCCUACCAGUCUCGAAAAUUCAGUGCAACCCCAGUCACGUUCACGUUCUGCUGUCAACUUUGUUUGUGGAAGCAUGCAGGAAACACAAUUGUCUCUAGAAACUUGCAAUUACAGCCACACUACCAACAUUUGUCUAAAUUCAGAAGCAGUGAGAAGGGAAGAAUUUUCUGGAAAUGAGGUGAAUUCUAAACAAAAUGCCAACAAUUAUACCUUGGAUGCGUUAUCAAAAUCCAGAUGUUCAGGUGACACUGAGAUUAAAUUGCCAUCUCAACCUGUUGCUUUUAUUCUUCAAACGGAAUAUACACAAAAAGAAAAUGAUCUUACAGAAAUUACAGCCAAAGAGCAUGAAGUCUCUAGUCCUUCUACAGUAAAUGGCCCAUUGAAUAUUUCAGAAACCACAAGUGUACUUGCCCAAAACGAUGCCCAUUUAUCAACUGUUAUUUGUGAUCAGGACCUUUCCAAUGAUCCAAAAAGAAGAAACAGAAAGAUAGCUUUCCAGCAACCACCUAGGGAGGCAUCAGAAUCCUUGGCACAUCAAGGGAUUGCUGUUUUAGGUACAGCACAUCAGAUGAAAUCAUGUCUUAAAAAAUUAGCUUCUACUAAUCCACUAGCAAAGGACAGCCAGAUCUCUUCCUCUGGGUUUGGACAUCAACAUACUAUAAAAAAGCCUUUAAACUCCAGUACAGCUCCUAAGAAGAAAUGUAUGCAGAUAAAAGAUUUGAUAUUACUAGGAAGAAUUAAUCCAGGAAAUAACAUUCUGGAAUUCAAAACACAGGAAGCUACCUACAAAGCCAGCAUUUUAUUGAGUGGUAAAAUUAAGGUAGAAAGUGGUCAGAUUUAUCAAAACCCAGUUACUUGGCUUAAAGAUCUUCUGGGAAGUGACAGUUACGUGACCUGGAAUUAUGCUUGGAGUAAGGUAACAUAUCUUGGGAAGGAGCUUUUAAAGUAUGUUUCUGAAGAAGUACCCAUACUUCCAGAACCAAACUUGGUAUGUCAGCAGCAUCAACCUUGUCUUCCAGAAGUACCUGAUGAUCCAGUACAAGAACAAAACAAAUUGGUGUCUGAGAAAAUGGAAUUUGGACAAGGAACUUCCAGAGAGUUAAUGCAAAGCAUCCCACAUUAUCUACAAAUAAAUGAAAUACUAUUAAUCAGCGAUCAAGAAUUUCUUCCAUGCCAUAUAAUGGAUCAGCAUUGGAAAUUCUAUGUGGAAUGUGAGGAACUAACAUUCUAA